AUGCUUCGCGCUGCCACCAGGAAGUCUCUCGAGCAGGGCCUGAAGGGCAUUCGAGCUCAAGCCACACAGGCACCAGCGCCACCUCCACCUCCCCCUCAUGUGCCAAAACCUGCCAAAAGGAGACCCGGGCGUAAGCUAGCUCUCGCAGCUACUGCUUUGGCGGUUGGCGCUAGCGGUGUUGUCGGCUAUGCGUACAUGGAUCCUGAAUUCAGGCACAAGGUUAUAAUUUUUCUACUUAUUUGUACAGAAAUUAUGCAACGUUGA